GGGGCUUGACAAUGGCUCGGCGCAGGCGCAGUCGGCGAGGGUACUGCCGGGCUGGGGCGCGUUGACGCGGAGCGGCGGCGGCCAUGGACGACGAGGAGGAGACGUACCGGCUGUGGAAGAUCCGCAAGACCAUCAUGCAGCUCUGCCAUGACCGUGGCUACCUGGUGACCCAGGAUGAGCUGGACCAGACACUGGAAGAGUUCAAGGCCCAGUUUGGGGACAAGCCGAGUGAAGGGCGGCCACGGCGCACAGACCUCACGGUGCUGGUGGCCCACAACGACGACCCCACUGACCAGAUGUUCGUCUUCUUUCCAGAGGAGCCUAAGGUCGGCAUCAAGACCAUCAAGGUGUACUGCCAGCGGAUGCAGGAAGAGAACAUCACCCGCGCCCUCAUCGUGGUGCAGCAGGGCAUGACCCCCUCCGCCAAGCAGUCGCUGGUUGACAUGGCCCCCAAGUACGUCCUGGAGCAGUUUUUGCAACAGGAGCUGCUCAUCAACAUCACAGAGCACGAGCUGGUCCCGGAGCACGUCGUCAUGACCAAGGAGGAGGUGACCGAGCUCCUGGCCCGGUAUAAACUCCGAGAGAACCAGCUGCCCAGGAUCCAGGCCGGAGACCCGGUGGCCCGCUACUUUGGGAUAAAGCGAGGGCAGGUGGUGAAGAUCAUCCGGCCCAGCGAGACCGCGGGCAGGUACAUCACCUACCGGCUGGUGCAGUAGCCGCCCUGCUCGCAGCGGCCCGGAGUCCCUCACCCAGGCUGAGGGCGCAGCCGGCCCGCCCUGUGGGAACAGUCACCCCAGGAACCUCCUCACUGCUGCUUCUCCACACCCCUGGGCUGAAGGUCUGCGUGUGGCCUCACCUGGACCCCGCGUGAGGGCGCCUCCGGAGCGAACGGGACGGCACAGGGAGGCCCUCCGGCGCCCGGUGACAAACUGCAGUCCCGGGUCCAAGUCUCUGGCCCCCAGUGCCUUGCUGUCGCCGUGUCCUAUAGGGUGGCCCCGGGGACAUCUGUGAGCCGUGCCCGUGGCGGCAGAGAGCGAGUUGCUGCUUGCUGCCGGGUGUUUUUAAGAAUUAAAAGGAUUGGAGUAAAUAAA